AUGCAUCACCUCAUUGUCAUACUCGUCUGGGUUGCUUCUGGAGGCUGCUGGCCAUUGUUUGAAGCCGAACAUAAGCUUAACCUCAGUAUAGCCCGAGACUCGCAACCUGUGGGCUCACCUACACAUAAUAGCAGUGCUAUCACAAUCCAAACCGCUACACUCAGCAAGGAGAUUAAUACCACUCUGACGGGUUUGGCAUUCCUGCUAACAGUGACAACCUACUGGCUCCUGAUGAGAUACACCACAACAUUAUCGAAUGAAAUCGUCUUACCCUCGAAAUUCCUAGAGGACAAUAUAGCCGCUGUUCUGUCAUUGACUUGGCCAAACCAUUAUCUUCGUACCUCGAAAGAUCCUCCUGAUACAUAUUCAUUUCCCUGGGUGCUGUUCCGCAUGAGAAUGGAAGAGUUGUUCAAUAAGCCUCUGGGUUCUGACGAUGUCAAAGAUUUCAACACUUCUAUCCAAUCUGGGAGCUUUAUGGUUAUCGUCAAAAUCUUCUCGCCGGUUAUGAAAAGCCUGGUCCAAAUUGCAAUAUGGAACACCGUUAGCUUCUGGCUUGUCCUUGUCAUGAUUGUCAACACACUGGUUUAUAACGGCUUCGUGAGUGACAACAUUACUAACGACAGCAAAGUCCGCUUGAUAUUGGUUGGUAUAUAUGCAAUUGUGAAUAUUGGACACCAAUUCCGCAUUACGAUUUUACUCUAUCGCAACUUUACAUUUGUGCUUUUUCAAACAUGCUGGACAAUCAUCUGCAAGGAGUUUAUAUUUCAAAAAACCGAGCUAUACAAGCGUCAUAUUGAUGAUGUUAUGUUCUUCAUGAAACUUGACAAGCGUGACUACCCAUUUCGCAGAGAUCCAUUUGGAUCCAGUAUAGACUCGAGAAGUCUUGAUCUCCAGUUAUUCGGUACGAUGAAGCGUUCAAAUACUCAUCGCCCUCUUUAUUACUCCGAGGAAAUAAGUUUCCCGGAGCCAGAUUGUGACUUUUCACCCUUGUCAAUCGAUAAUAUAGAACGAGAAUAUUAUCUCAAGACGGAAGACAAGAUUGAGAGCAAAUUUGACGAGUCCGUCAAGCCGCUACGCGAGACAGAGAUAAAGGCGUAUGAAAAGGCAACAGACACUGCGCUCGAAAAGGUUAUCGGCAACGUCGCCGUCUUGCUGGGUAUUUGUCUCGCUACAGCAUUAGCCCCGUGGACUUCUACUCAGAAAAUAGACGCGACCAGUGUGCAACUCGGCUCAUACGCCCUUCUCCUUUCUAUCAGCACAGGAUUUCUGACUUUGGUUGGCAGCAUAUCACUUUUAACGAAUGCUACAUACUCGGCCAAACUGCUUCUCCUGUUUCAAGAAAAGACGAUGGCAACUGAUAAAUAUAUUCACAAGAGCGAAGAUGUGUCGAAGGGUUUCUCACUCCAAGACGAACCUGGAUUCGGAUUCACUAAAGGUAUCGCUGGAGAGUCUCGACUUACAUUUUUCGGCCUCUGGUGGUCGACGAGCCUCCUUGGCAAGCUCCCUUGUCUCCUGUUCGGCCCAGCUCUGAUGUUAAUUCCGCGUUUCCAUCGGGAUCGCCAAAGAUCCAGAGAUAACCAAAAGGCGCUCUUCUUUACAGUACACAAUGUUACUUUCACUUGCACUGUCACUGAGCCUGAUUUUGGUAGUAUAUCUCGUUCCCUUUCUAAUUAG